GUGACGUGACUCAGUACUCCAAUACACAAUGCGUGUUUGACAGCCGCCAAUUUUCACCCAGAAAAUCAUCCACACCUAGACACAACUGUCCCCGACAUGUCUCACGGUUAAAAUCCCCAGACAACAACAAUCAGAGGAAAAAUCAUUACAAAGAAGUGAGAAUUGGAAUUAAUAUGGGAGAAUGGUUAUACACGGGAUUAUUUAUCUGCUGCUCGUACUGCCAGGGUGGCAGGUGGCAUUUGGCCUGGAGGAAGUCAGGACUGUCGAGGUUGACAUUGGACAGAACUUAACUGUUGCCUGUGCCAAUGACGAUGUGUCCCAACAUCCUGGCAAUAACACUAAUGUCAUGUGGGUGAGGGAGGGACGAGAGGACAAACAGUUCCAGAGAAUGAAGAUUGGUAUUAAUAAGGCAUUACAGCUGGUCAACGUGAGUGCUGAAGAUGCAGGAAAUUAUUUCUGCACCCUUGAUAAUGACACCGGAGCGAAGAAGACACGGAUUAACAUACAAGUUAAAACCCCACCACCUGCCCUACACAAUGUGUGGGUCAAACCCUCAACUAUAUUGGCUAAUAUUCUCUGGGAGGUGAAUGGAACUGGUGGUUAUCCAAUUAUUGACUUCACUGCCGAGUAUCGUUUAAAGCCAGUCCUGGGGAGAGACCCUGAGGAAUGGAAACCCAUUAUUCCAACGCAUAUACCACCCAACUCUAGGCAAAUCGAUGUUUACCAUUUGGAGCCAAACACAACGUAUUUAUUUCGCGUCUGGGCAACCAACAGGCUUGGACGUGGGGAAAUCGUCGAGGUGGAGGGACACACGCAUUUUUCAGACGAGGAUAAAGAGCUUGCCAAGCAUCUUUUGGCAGGAGUUGAAAAUUUCGACACUCGAAUCUGGGUAGCAGCGGUAGCUAUUGUUAUGGGAACACUAAUGGUCCUUGGUUUAGGUACCUGUUAUCUCCUAUAUCGUGAGUGGAAAGUACCCUCGCAGCUGGAGGAACAGGAAGUGAUUGAGCUCGUACCCAAUAUUAUAUUAAAUCCUGGAUUUUUCGAUGAGAGGAGUGAGCGCAUACCCCAGGAUGAAAAUUACAACACCCACACGACAACACGUUUGAAUAAUAACACUGUUAUUCUCCCGAGACGCCUCUAGCGAUCAUUUAUCUAUGGAAAAAUUCCAAUUAUUGCAAAAUAACUCACGUUAAAACCAAAGAAUUUGCGAUUAAUAAUGAGAGAAAAAAGAAGAAAAUGCUUGAGAGAGAGCGAAAAAAAAAAGUUUUUAACCCACGGUUUUUUAAUGCAUUGUUGUUAAUUUUUUAUUUUUUAACAAUGAAAGUGUUCAAAAAGUUCACGAUGAAAGACUUUUUGCCAAUUCACGCCGAUUUUUUUAUUUUAAUAAAAACGUUGAUGGAUAAAUGGUCGCCUGAGGCCGGAGGAGAUACGACCAGUUGUUGAUUGUCGACUGUAUUUUUUAAUUGAUAAAAUACUUCUACGGUAAUUGUAAAACUUCCAUGGGGAAAAAAAGUACAUGGGAAAUUGGGAUAUAAAUUGAUGGAGAAAGACUGCAGCCUCUGACUAUGGUCUCGGUGUUUUUGGAAAUUGUGAGACCGUCUGAGGACUUUAAUUACAUGAUCUGAUUAUUUAUCGAUUAUCGCUUGUACUGAAUUUUUCAUGACACAUCGUAUCAAUGGAAUUCAAUCAGUAAUGAGAAUGUUAAUUACCUCUCUUUACUGACCUGUCAGUUCAUUUGAAUAAAUGAAAAAUGCUGACGAACGUUUAACCGAGUAUGCGCUUUUGCUCUCGUCAUUGGGCAGGAAUUAAUUGUCGAGGAAUGUCCAGGGGAUAUUUAAAGACGAAUAAAACACUUGUGAGGCCAGAGGACUGGAUUAUUCCUCUGCGUUAUACAAGUGUUGUGUCUAAUUCAUUAACGAAAUAAUGAAUAAUUUGCUUCGAAACAGAGUAGAGUAAUUCUACACACUUCCAUGCUUAUUAUCAGUUUAAUAUGUAAGAGAGAUUGCCAUUAAGACGCUUUUACCGCAGCCUUGAAGAUGCACUAAAAACUAAUUAUCGAAUGCCAGCACAAUUUCACGUUUAACGAGUUGAUAUUCAGUAAUAAUUAAGACAACUGCAUUUAGAUUGAAUUGAAAUAAUUGUGAACAGUUUUCACAGUAUUAAAAUGCCAUUUUUGAUGGGUAACGAGAGUAUUUUUGAAGGAUAAUUGGAUUCUGGAUGAGGCAUAUCAGAUCGGCUCAGUUUGAAAAACGACAUUUCAAUCACAAUAAAAAAUAAGAGAACAUUUCUAAAUAAUAAUUAAAAUGUGUGGAGGCUGUCUGGAGGUGUGCAGAGUUCGAAGACAAUUUUAGAAUGAAAUACAUAAAGAAAGUGGUGAAUUUAUUUGCAUUGUUCAGUAUUCGAUACAUUCCUAGGGUUUUUAGUUGUGAUUUUUGUGCGUUUACGAUUGAAAAUUUACCAUAAAAGUCCAAAGAUUAAUUUUUUAUUUGAAAAUGUAAUAGCUUUAUCGUAAGUACGUGAAGUAAUUAAUCAAUUCUUACAUGGUUGUAAUGAAAAUUGGUUGUUUUAGAAGCUUAAGGGAUAAUAGGUAAUGGAAUAAUUGAUCUGAGAAUGGAAUAAGCUUCGUACUGUGCACUCUGUGUUGUGAAUGGUAUUUAACACUGCACUAAUCCGUUAACAGAUAAAGAUUGAGGACAUUGGAAAGAGGAAUAAGUCAUUGAUGAUAAUAACAACAUAAAUUAUCUAUAUUUAUAUAGCCGAAGGAACAUCGUAAUAUUUUAGAGAUUAAGGCAAAAGGACAAUUUUUUAUAUACGAGAUUAAUGGAAAAACAAAUGAUAUAUCGCUGGUGCAAUAUUUAUCUACAUUUAUUAUGGAAAUUCGAAUGUACUAUGUGUAAUAGGGAGAGAAUAAUCUUCACGCUUUGAUAGUCAUGGCUUUGGGAGGACAAUAAUUAUUAUUGUCCAUCUGUGGAGGAAUUUACUAUUUUUUUUUCUUCCACGAAAUGUCCAUUUUCCUUUUUUUCAACGUUGAGAGUUUUUUUUUUUUAUUUCCAUAAAUUAAUUCUCUCAAUGUAGCAAUCUAAAAACAACAAGGAAAAUCCACUCUUUAGUCUAGAGUACAAUCAGAAAUGAUGAAUAAUUCAUCAUUUUUUUAAUUGACGUUUUACGUUUUUUAUAAAUGUUGAAUCCAUUAGAAAAAUUGCUUUUAAUUUGUUGUUUGGCAUAGGCCUAGAGUUGACUCGAUUAAUUACUAAUUCCAUUCGAAAUUUUCCAUUAGUGAGAGGGUAAUAUCCAUGUGUACCUGGGGUUCGACCAAUUUAUUUUGUUAUUUAAUAUUUAAUUUUUGUUUUCACACUCGCUUUGAUUUAUUUUAUAGAUGAGAUGACAGGUUUAUUAUCUCAUUCUUCUGCAGCUACGAAUAAUUGAAAUUUUUAUUUUUUUCUCGAAUAAUGUAGGCACAUAUCAGAAGCUGAGAAAAUCCACAGAAUCACAAUAAAUAUAACAGUGCAGUUAUGUGUCAUAAAACGAAUAAGCUCAGAGCAAUAAUCAGGUUGUGAAACAGCAACGCAGUUUAAACGAGAAAAAUCAUUGAGCAAUUAGUGAAAAUUCUGAAUUGUUUAUUCGGUCAUGUGAAUGUGAUUAAUUUGUAAGCCUACUAUUUACACUGUAUUAAUGUAACGUUGUAUACAGCCAGUGUAUUUUUAAUGAUAUUAAAGAAAUCGUAAUACUCUAAA